AUGGCCGCCACAGCUCCGAACUCCGCCAGCGGAGGGGAUGGCAAGACAAACUCCUGGCAGGGCCUGGGAGCAGCUGAAUUUGACCUGAGAAGCGACACGAUGACAAAGCCAACCUCAUCUAUGCUGGAGGCGAUUACGCAGACCACCCUUCUCGACGAUGUUUUCAACGAAGACCCAACGACGAACUCAUUGCAGCAAUACGUGGCGGAGCGCACUAAACAUGAGGCCGGCCUCCUGGUCAUGUCUGGCACUAUGGGAAAUCAAGUUGCUAUUCGCACCCAUUUGUCUCAGCCUCCGUACUCAGUUCUGUGCGAUCACCGCUCUCACAUCCUUCGGUAUGAGGCCGGAGGCGUCAGUAUGUGGACAGGGGCUACAGUCCACGGCUUAGUACCUAAAAACGGCCGACACCUUACCCUCGAGGAUCUUCAGGCCAAGUACGUUCCCGCGAUAAACGACCAUUAUUGCCCAACCAGGUUGAUUAGCUUGGAGAAUACACUUGAUGGAAUGGUGAUGCCUCUGAGUGAAACCAAAAGGAUUGUCGAGUGGGCACAUGCCAACGACGUGAAGGUACACCUGGACGGAGCUAGGUUGUGGGAAGCUGUCGUGUCUGGCGCAGGCAGUUUGGAUGAAUACACAAGUUUGUUCGAUAGCAUCAGCCUGUGCUUCUCCAAGGGCCUUGGAGCACCAAUCGGUAGCAUUAUAGUUGGCUCAAAGGCAUUCAUUGACAGAGCGCGGUGGUUUCGCAAGUCAAUUGGCGGUGGAACACGUCAAGCUGGGGUGAUAUCAGCUGCUGCCAGAGUCGCUGUGGAAGAAACCUUCGGCCCAGAUCCUAACGGAGAGGGCGGUAAGCUCAGGGAUACUCAUGUCAAGGCCAAACGAGUUGCAGAAAUGUGGACUUCCAAGGGAGGGAAACUGGCCAAUCCCGUGGAAACAAAUAUGGUAUGGCUGGAUCUUGUUGCCUCUGGUGUUGGACCCAAUGACAUGGGAGAAAUCGGUAAGGAGAAGGGCUUGUGUCUUCUUGGAAACAGAAUAAUCAUUCACUACCAGGUUUCUGAGGAAGCUCUACGCCGCCUCGACGAGGUCUUCAAGGUAGCUCUGAGUGGUAGGGAGCUCCAAGGCUUAAUCAAAGCAGAUACCGCCUUUUGGCUCUCUUGUCCUCAACCGUUUCUCGGACGACGACAGCGACCCUGCCAGACAGCCACUCCCGCCGCCUUCAUCCAUCUCGGAGUCACUAUCCAGGCUGGGGACGCUGCUCUCGUGGACGGCUGGCAGGGAAGUUUCGCAAGACGAGCGAGCUUGAAGGUUCCUUCCACGUACGUCCCCUGA